CUGACACGAACCGUAUGCGUCGCGUCGCACGGGAACCGGACAGAACCGGUCGAACCGCCCCCCGAGCCCGAAGUAGGGUUUCGGUUCCCCAUCUCGACCCACGCCCGCCGCCGCCGCCACCUGUUACAGCUCGUCGCCGGUGAGGUCUCCUCCCACCGAAUUGCAGUCUUCCCUUGUCGAGAGGCGCCGCCGCCGCCUCCCUCCUCCUCGUCCCCUCCCUGAACUCGGCUGGUGCUGGACCGGUGCGGCGCAGAGGGGAAUACUUGGGUCGAUUUCUUCUUCCUUCUUCUCUUGCUCGCGAGAUCGAUUCACAAGGCGCGGGCGCAGCUUAGUUUCCGAAAAUUUUGGGGGGUUUGGUUCAACUGAGGAACCUCCAUGGCGGACGUGAAGCCCGCCCCUGCCUCCGGCGGCAAGGCGGCUAGCGACUCUUCCGCUCCUUCCCCAGCCCCUGCUCCUGCGGUCUCCAACGGCAAUGGGACGCCUCAGAAGCAGCCUACUCCUAUUCCCGCCGCCGCCUUCGAUAUGCCCAAGCCGAACCUCCGCGGCCUCAACAAGCCCAAGUGCAUCCAGUGCGGCAACGUCGCCCGCUCCCGGUGCCCGUUCCAGUGCUGCAAGAGCUGCUGCUACAAAGCCCAGAAUCCUUGCCACAUUCAUGUUCUGAAACAGAACAACACAUUGCCAGAUAAGCCAUCACCUUCUACUGCUCCUGUGUCAGAACAGCCAUCUACCAAUUCACCUUCAACUGGUUCUUCAUCGAGGCUGGCUUCCUUGCAAAAGCUUCCCCACCAUUUCCUGAAUUCUCUCCGAACAAAGAAGUCACUCACCAAAAAGGAUGUUGCAAGCGUAAACAAGUGGAGGUUUAUGAAGCUAAAGGAACAUAUGCAAGGAGAUAUUGAUGCUGAAAAUGAAGCCUAUGAGAGGUAUGCACUGAAUGUUGGGUUACUGGAGGAAACAUUCUGUCCCACAGAAGAUGAUGCCGUUGAACCUGAAGCUGAGGCAACUUCUUCAGAAGAAAGGAUGGACAUAUUGGUUUCUGAGGCAAAGGUGAGGUUGAAGUCGGAUAAAGAAAUUGCAGAUAGCUUUAAGGAGAGGGUUGCCACUAUCUUGGACGAGAAGCUGAAGAAACUGUUAGAGAGUCAGAGUGCCUCUGAGGAUCACAACCCCUCUGAUCAAAAUCUAGAUGAUCAUACAAAGCCGGUGAAGCUAACCACAAAGCAGAAAAUGGAGAGAACUGCAAGAAUGAACGAGCUGCUUGGUAAGCUGACAAGAGCGAGGAGCGAGGACGAUUUGAAACCUUGUCGUGAUAUUAUUGCGCAGCUGUUUGGAAAUGAGAAUGGUUCCUCAAUGGACGAGUCAAACAGAAUCGAGCUUUCGCCAAGUGCCCAAGAAUCAACUGCAGCAGCUGCGCCGUUUUAUUCCUUCCCAAAGUUGUGGACUAGGAUGGAGGUUGAUGAGAACUUCUCCGCAAAGGUCGACGAUGAGUUCUCUUCUUUGAGUCAGGUUGCGCAGCUAUGAAUCUGAAAUCUGGGCUGAUUCAUAUGCCACUAUUCAGUAGGGAAUGCUACCACUGAGCUUCUUUGAUGUGUACUAACUCGACAAUGUAUUUCAUUGAUGUGCACUUUA